UUAAUUGGGUCAGUUAGGAAAGUCUCUGUUGUCAUUGUCAUUGGUUAAAACAAAAUAACCUCUUUGGCCAUGCAGUCUGUAAGGGAGACGCAUGACACCUCUCCAUCAGGCCAAAUAUUUUCAAUAUAAUAAAGAAGGAAAGGAAGAGACAUCUGGAAGCAAUUUAGGAGGGGUUAGUGUGUGAAUUUGAUUGUGACCGACCACCCUAACAAUUUAGAAUUUGCUAUUACACCAUUCAUUAUGGCGAAGGCUCCACCCUCAUAUCAGCUUCUAGAAAUCAACGUCAUAUCGGCCCAAGACCUGGCCCAAGUCUCCAAGCCCGUUCGGGCCUACGCGGUGGCCUGGGUCCACCCAGACCGCAAACUCGUGACCCAAACAGACGUAGAGGGGGACACGAAUCCCACGUGGAACGAGAAGUUCGUGUUCCGCGUAGACAACAACUUUCUAAACUCGGAAAAAAACUCCAUUGUCAUGAUCGAAAUAUAUUCCUCCGUGUGGCUCCGUGAGGUCCUCAUCGGAACUGUGGGUGUCCUCGUCAGCAACUUCCUCCCUCCGAACCGAAAACCGAAGCUCAGCUUCGUGGCGCUUCAGAUUCGCCGACCCUCGGGUCGGCCCCAAGGGAUUCUUAACAUCGGAGUCGCGCUUCUCGACAGCACCAUGCGCAGCAUGCCCCUCUAUUCCGAACUCAGCUCCUCUACCGCGGACGACGACACUUGUAGUUAUAGCGAAAAACACUCGCUUUUGACGAUGCAACGUAGCCGGAGCGACGAUAACGACUCCACCGUCAACGAUUACGCACACAAUGGCUAUGGCUACGAUGAGGAGGACUCGGAAGUUGGUGUGCGGAAAGGAGGGUUUUUUAACGCCGCGGGGCCUUCGCCAUCGGUGGUGGCGGCCAAGAUUAUGAAGGGGUGCUACCCCAUGCUGCCGCCGCCUCCGCCGGGGACGGCGGAGAGUUCAACGCUUGAUGGGUGGUCGGAGAGUAACAGUACUGCGACGGAGGGGAUGAGCACGAAGAUUCAGAGGUGGAGGAGUGAACUAUCUCCGGCUUAUGAGGAUUACGAGGAUGAAAGGCAGAUGCUGAAGCCGACGCCGACGCCGACGCCGAAGCGCGUUGGUAAGACGCCGCGGCGUGGUGGGGGGCGCGGCGGGCCAUGUUCGUGCUUCGGGACGGUGUUUGGGGUUGAGAUUUCGAUUACUGUCGGCGGGGGGAACCGCGGGAAGAGGAACGGUGGUGGAAAGGGUCGAGUCACCGGUGGCUCUGCCUCUGAACACACUUUCGAUAACUCCUAUAAUUGACUAGCCACGUGAGAAAAUUGUUGUAUUUUAAUCGCAUGCAUGCAUAAGAUAUCCACGUAGUUAGGAUGUGGAUGGAUAUACCUUUUUAAUUAUUUGUUUCAUUUUCUCCUCUCGCUCAUAUUUAUUCUCUGUCUUUACAAGGCUUUUCAAUAAAAUUAAAAUUUUUGUUAA